AUGGAGGAAGAGCACACUCCUCCGGAGGAGAACUACCACUUUUGGGAGAGCGAGGUGGAGCUGGUCAGAAAGAGGUCCUUCACACACGACGGAAAAGGGUUUCGCUACUUUGACGACAAGGGCGUCUUCAACUUUGUGUUUUUUGGCUGGAUGUACGGGUGGAUUAAGGAAACGUCAAAGCGAUACCUGGACUCGUACAUGCUCCACCCACUCCCCCUGGCCGACCAGGCGGUCAUUUGGCAGCCCAUCUUAUCCAGGCACAUUAGCGAUGGGAUAGCGAGUCUGGAGGCCUAUGAAGCUCUAGGAAAAGAUGAGAGGAAGAAAGCCCCAAAACCCAUAAAGUACAUCCUCUGCAGAGCCAUGAUACUGACGUUUUGGAAGAGGCUGCUCACCAUAUUUGUUGGCGUUGUUGUGAUGAAUGCGGUUGGCAUGAGCGUGGCGAUCAUACUUCACAGAUUUCUCGGGCUUCUGUCCGACAGAGAGUUUAGGUUUUUUACAUUCCUGUCCCUUGCACUCUCCAUUAUCCUCAUGGAAUUGACAAAGGUAAUCGGCAUGGACCACAUCAACUUUUAUGUAAAGAGGCUCGCAUUUAUAAUCUACUCUUCCAUUCGGGUUUCACUCUUUCAACAUGGUUUGUGCUAUCGGCGUAGCAGAUUUAGCAACUUUUCCGAUAACCCAAACUCUUGCAAAAGCGCCAUUCAUUUCUGUUCAGGAAAAAAUGCAUGUACGGAUAACCCACUGCUAUGCCCAGCGAGGCGCUAUAAAAACAACGAGGUUACCCCGAAAAUGUACACUUUGAUUCUCAAUGACCCGUACUUUAUUUCAUUAUUCGUUGAAUGCUUCACCGGGUUCAUUGAUUUUCUCACAUCCUUCACCUAUGGACUCAUCCUUAUCAGCAGUCAGUUUAACAUGAAGGCGUUUACUAUUCUAAUAGUUUCACUCUCCUUGGUUGUUGGUAUGAUCUUUAUGGAGAUUUUAAACGGCUUCCUUCUAAAGUACUACUUUGGAGUUAGGGAUAAUAGAAUUGCCAAGUCCGAGGAGGUUGUCUCAGCCCUAGAUCUCAUUGGCAGAAUGGCGCUCGACGACGUUGCUCAUGACGCCAUUACGGAGGCUAGAAAUGAUGAAUUGCAUUUUGUAUUUGCCCGUUCCUUCAUAUCACUCGUCAACAAGGUGCUAUUCACCGUAAUCAUUUGCGUGGAUAUCAUUAUUCUCGUAAACGACUUUGUCGGACAAGUCAAGGAUGCCACUAAUGUCAAGACUAUUGACCCUUCUGGACUGCUUGCAUCCAUCUUUGUCAUCAUGAAGAUCAUCGGCCCAUUGUAUCUACUCCCAUUCAAGCUAAAAUCCUUUGUAACUAGCAUGACCUCAUUCCUGAGGGUGGAACGUUUCUUGAGAACUUGUUCUCCAAACUUUUACCUUCCUGAUAAUAGGUUUACCGGGAGGAAUCCUUUGCCAGAGGUACAACCUGGCAAGUAUAAGGCACUGCCAAAGGGUCUGGUUGUAAUGUUCAAGAAGGCCUCCUUUGCGUGGGUCAAUAGCAGGAAGGAUCUUUUAGACCACACUGGUACCACAUAUCUGAGAGACCUUGACUUUGUCCUCAACUCUGGUGACCUUGCCAUUGUAACUGGUGCUCAAGGUUCUGGUAAGAGUAACUUUGUCAAGGCGGUUCUUGGUGACAUGACUUUGGUAGAAGGAUCAAUGGCUGUAUUGCCUCUCUCUACUAACAUGCCAAUAUUUUAUGCUUCUCAAGACAUAUGGCUUCAAAAGGGUACCAUCAGGGCUAACAUUACCUUUGGUCACAUAUUUGAUGAGGAUGUCUACAUGACUGUCAUCAAGGCAGUUGAGCUGGAGCACGACAUUUCCACUUGGAAAGGAGGUGACAUGCGUACUAUUUCUGAAUGUGGUUAUUCUCUCAGUGGAGGUCAGAGAAUGAGAGUUGGACUUGCUCGUGCCAUCUAUGCCUACCUCAUCUUUAGCAAGACUAGCAGAGAAGAGAAUAAUGCCAAGUGUUCCUUCUUGGUAGUAUUGGAUGACUGUUUUACUGGUCUAGAUCCAUUCGUGGCGAAGACAAUCUUCAAGAACUUGUUUGAGAAUGGAAAAGGCUUGCUGGCAAAGGGUGAUGUAUCUACGGUACUUACCAUUUCUAGGAAUAUGUUGGAUGCUUGUGUAUCAUCUGAAGUUUUAGGUGUGUUCCCGGACGCCCCAAUAUACACAUUGAGGAAUGAGACUCUUGUGCAUGAGAACAUGCUAAGCUCUUUCAUAAAGAAUGAGAUUGGUAAUCUUGAACCUCCGAGACCUUCUAGUGAUAGGGCAAAUCUAUAUGCAUCGCGUAAAAUUCUGAAAAUGUGCAACUCAGAUGAUUACACACGUGACGGACGAAGAAGGUCAACGGGAUCCAGAUACUCUGAUUCUCCAACACUUCAAGAGAUGCAAGAUGAAAAGGAUAGCGGAAGUAAGAGCUUUAUGCCAUAUAAAACCUACUUCCGGGCAACGGGUUGGCCCAUUAUGCUCUUUUUCAUCCUUACAUUCACCUUCUCAACCUUGGAUAACACAAAGUUUGUCAUUAUCUCCAAGGUAUCCGACUCCAUCCUUGAUUACACAAAGAAGCAUGAAGAUGCGGUAGUUUCACUUGAAGAGAUUAAAGAAUAUGCAUCAAGGGCUCUCAAGUGGAUCAUUAUUCUUUCUGUAUCUGUCAUGACUGGAGCUUUAUUCCGCAUAUUUGUAAUGACAAAGGCAUCUUUUAAUGCAUCACGCAGAAUUCAUGAGUACUGUAUCAACUCUCUGUUUAAAAACAACUCUGCUGUGUUGAAGAUCAAGAAGUCUUUGAGUAGCAUUCAGACCUUUUUGUACAUGGACAGCUUUCUCAUUGAUAACUCCAUAGGUUAUUUUAUUCACGAGACCUUUGUACUACUUAUCGAAUCAAAUGUCUAUCUUAUAACACUCAUAUUCUUGAUGCCGUGGUCCACUCCAAUUGCCAUUGCACUAUGCUUCAUACUCAAGACCAUUGUCUCUUGCUAUAUCAAAUCGGGUAAAAACUUGGCACUAGCUCACUUGGAGGUAUUCAACCAAAUUGAUUCAACCGUAGAAUCUGCAAGCUCUGGAUUAUCCAUAUAUCGCAGUUUUAAAAAGGAAUGGGAAUUGGUACAUGAAAUGAUUGAGAAUGCAGAUUAUGAUUCCAGGUGCAAGUACUUUGCAAACUCUGCCACAACUUGGACGUCCAUCACAUUCAGAACUCUCUUUUCUCCAUUGGCGCUAUUCAUUCUUGUCUUCCCUCUUGUACGCUCGCGCUGGACUGGAACUGAGGUGCAAGUGGGUUAUUAUGCAAUGGCCUAUUCCAUCUUCCUUAGCUUAAAUAAUUCACUUGUGAACCUGUUGAGGCUUUAUUUCCAUAUCCAACUCUGCUUGGUUCCCAUGAGGAGGUUCGAGAAUUUUAUUCCUCCAAAUACUCCACUCAAGUUUUUAAAGAAGAAGGAUAUUAACAGAACUGACAUAGUCGUUAAUUCAGGGUCGAGCAUAGGCGACAAGAUAGCAGAUGAAGGUAUUAAGGAUACCCUUCGCAAAAGGCGACGCAGUGAGCAUGCCAAGAGAAGAGCUGUUCAUUGCACUAGUCUCAAGAUGCUCUUUUUUAAGCACAAGGUUAAUGUGCUGGAUGUCUCCAGGUAUGUAGUUCCAGGUCAUGUCAGAGUAGAGCUAAGGGACGUCAGUGUAUUCAUAACCUCCAAGGAUUCAAAGGAAAAGUACGCCAUUCUCAAGAAUGUGACAUGCUCGGCUAAUACCUCGGACAUUAUUGGAGUCAUUGGCAGAACUGGUGCAGGAAAGUCUACCCUAUUGUCAGUACUUCAAAACCUUGCCAUAAACAGGGAAGGAACUGUUCUGCUUGAUGGCUGCGAUUUAAAUGAUAUGCCAAAGAAUGUGACUAGGCAGAUUAUAGGUGUUUUACCUCAACUGCCCUUCGUAUUCAGGGGGUGGACUGUUCGCAGAUUUAUUGACCCUAGAAUGCUAUUUGAUGACAUUGACAUUGAAAUGGCCUUGGAGCACUGCGGCUUGAUCAAGUUUGUCAAGAACAUUCCAGGUGGCAAGGGCCUCGAUACCAUCAUCAUACCUGACCAUUACCACAAGGAUAUGCCAAGGUAUUACAAGAGGGUAUACUAUGGGCCCACUCUGAAACCGCACGACUCGCCUUCAGCAGACAAUGUGAACAUUGACCAUGGCAUGGUGCUUUCAAACUCACAGUUACGUACACUAUCAGUGGCGAGACUAGUGCUCUACAGGGAAUUCUUCAAGGUUCUCCUGAUUGAUGAGCCUCCAGAGGAUGAAUCAGGGGCGUCUAAAACUGCCGACAUCCCAAUUUAUGAACUCAUCAAGACCCACUUUCGGCAUUGUACCACAUUCAUUGCAGCUCAUGAUACAAGUGUAUUACGUCUAUGCACUUCAGUCUGGGCCUUUAAUGACGGCUCCCUUAUUAGGACCUACAAGACUGAGGACAUUGCAGACAGUGAGUCACUGUCAAAGAUUAUAGAAGAUUCUAUCUCAGGAAAAAAUUAA